AUGCCCAGGUACUCCAACGGUCAGAUGGUCGAGUACAAGCCCGUCGGCGGCCCCGAGUCGAACACCUCGGUCAGCACCGGCAAGAUCAAAUCCGUUAUAACGGAGCCAGGCCGCCAGGCCGGCAGGAACGUGGAUGCCUCUGAGGAAAAUCCGCGAUAUGAGAUUGAAAACGCCAACACUCACAAGGUGACUUCGGUCUAUGAGCAGAAUAUCCUUGGGGAGGCUGAAUAA